UUGCAGUGACCCUGCUGCGCUCUGCCCCAGCCUGUGACAGAGCUGCUCGCACCAUGUGGAGGACGCUCAUCUCCUCCAGAGGGACUAAGGAGCCGGUGCUGCAGAUCCUCUUCCGUGCGCUGGAAUUCUGGCCAGCGCACAGGACACGCACCUCUGAUGGGGAUGAGAGAGAUGUCUUUGCCCUGGCUGCAACUGUGGCACUCUGGGAGAUUCUCCAGCUGCACUGGUGCCCAGGUGGAGUGAAGAACAAUUUCCCCCGCCUCCUUCUGACUCUGCUCUUCCAAGUUUUCAUCAGCACAGAGGAGAUGUCAGAGGAGGUCGAGACCUUCUGGGGGCGAUGCCGGGAGCAGCGCAGCCUUCCCCCCAACCCCAACAGGUUUGCAGUGCAGACCGUGAAAGCCCUGCUGCGCCAGCUGCUGGAUGAGGAUGUGUUGAUGGUGAUCGAUCGCAAGUGUGGCUGGGACACACUCCUCAAGGCUGACACCCACCACUAUGCAGUGGGUCUGCUGGCCAGGGAGCUGUGCCGUGUCUCCCGCUCCUUCUGCUGCAGCAUCGCCGUCAGCCUGCUCCCGCGGCUCAGCAGGGAAGAGCCCCUGUGGGAACUGCCUGCCCUGGCGUUCCUGGUGGAGGUGAGCCUGAUGGCGAGCGCUGCCUGGCCCAGCUGCCUCCCCCUCUCUGCCCUCUCACAGCCGCAGCCGCCUGGGACGGUGCCUGCACCUUGUUCUGCUGCCUGGGCCCAGCCCCGUGCGGGUCCGGGCUCCUGCCGGCCGGGCACCCCGUCACUGCUCCCUGCCUUUCAGAUGCUGCACUGCCUGAACCCCAGACAAUGUGGGCUCAGCGUCCUGCAGAUUAUUUCAAGGCGCCUGCGCAGUGAGUGCCCCGAGAGGCGUCACCUGGCGCUCCGAGGCCUGGUGGUGAUCAGCAAGGCUCCCGCACUGGCUAAGAGCAUCUGGAGCCUGAAUGAAAGCCUCCUGGAGCUACUGCAGGAUGCAGACAGAGACGUGGUUCAGAUGACCCUCUCUGCAUUCAUCAAUGUGCUGCACUUGAAAAUCAUCCAAAUAUCCAGCCCCACUGCCCUGAAGAUGCUUGAGGCGCUGCGACCACUCUUUGACAACGAGCACAGCCAGCUUCAGCAGCUCUCCAUGGUCCUCUUCCGGGAGGUGAUGGAAGUGACAGAGAGGAGCAAGAGCCUAAAGCCACACGUCUACCUGAGGCUGGUGCCAUUCUACUUCAACUGGCACGAUGAGAACCAGCGUGUGGCAGAGGCCUCUCGGGAAGCACUGUUUGGUGCAGCCAGGUUCCUGAAGUGGAGGGAUCUUGAGCACUUGGUGACCAUGGAGCAGCCGUGGAAGUUUGGCGAGUGCCUGCUGGAAAAGGACAGGAGCUGA